AUGAACAGCUUCCAACAGGUUUUCGACAGAUGGCAGACCAAUAAGGAGACUUUCUCGAGCAAGAAUGCCUGGCUGGCUGCGGAGAUAGUUUUAGCAACUUGUAUGGUCCUUUGGCUAUAUCGAUACGUCCAAUUGUUUCAACAAGUCCGUGGACUUUACACAAUUCAUUCGUUGAUAGAGGUACUAGAGGCUCCUCAUCGCACCAAGAUACCUCACAUCCCUGUCCUGAUACCCACAAGGAAGUAUACUCUGCAAGAUCCUUGGAAAAAAUACAAAACAGCCAAGUCCGACCUCAUCGCCUAUACUCAAGCAACCACCCCAGGCUAUGCAGUCUAUUCUAUCUCCAAUCCGCAAGUGGUACAAAAGGUACUGGCAGACGUACUCAGUUUUGGCAAACCUGUUGAGUCAAUGGGCUACAAACAGCUUAAUGUAUUUGGCAAGCAGUUGGUUUCAACUCAAAGCGGUCCUGAACAUCGAAGACAUCGUAGUGUCGUCAAGGGGUGUUUCAGCGAGGAAGUCAUGAGAACGGUUUGGGAUCGAAGCAUUGAAUCUCUUGACACUAUGCUUUCGACAGAGAAGGUGGAGGACGGUGGGGUUUUGGAGCAUGUGCGUGAGGCUAUGUACAAGCUCACCUUGCUCGUCAUUGGAGCUGCUGGGUUUGGUCUAAAGUUCCCUUGGUCGAUUCCUACCACAGAAGGCGGAUCCCAUCAAACGAACUGGGGGAAUGGGAAGGGAGAAGCUUAUGACGUAGUGACAUUCCAUGAAGCGUUGCACCUGGUGGAAUAUCACCUCGUUGCCGAAUUACUGGUGCCAGUCUGGAUCCUAGAGAAUUUUCCUUUGCCUUCAGUCCGCCGAUUGGGCAACGCACAACGAUCCCUGAGACAUCACUUCAAAACUAUGAUUGCAACUCGACGUGAUGCCCUACAGGCCGAACAAGCCGGUCUUGGUCCGCAAGAGAAGAUCAAGUCGCCAUCCGACUUGCUCGGUGCGAUCGUUGCUAGUCAGAUGGACAUCGAGGCGGAAGAAAAGGCUCGUGGUGGUAAAGGCACGAGUAAAGCUGGCCUCACGUCGGAAGAACAAAUGGGUAAUGUCUGGAUCUUCAUUUUUGCCGGUCAUGAAACGUCGGGACAAACGCUGACCUUCACCCUGGGUCACUUGGCGAUGUAUCCAGAAUGGCAAGAAAAGAUAUUCCAGGAAAUAGAAGAGGUUUGCCAAGGGUCUCACCCUACUUACAGAGAUAUGAACAACCUACCGUCUGUCCUUGCAUGCGUUUAUGAAACUCUUCGACUACGUGAUUUGAUCUCAUUGAAUCAGAAAUUGGCUUUGAAAGAUACGGUUUUGCCUUACACAACAUGGGAUGAUCUUGGCCAAAUAACGAAUCACACCCACACGAUCAAAAAAGGGUCUCAUGUCCUCGUCGAUUUCGCCGCAUCAGGACAGAACCCAUUCUUUUAUCGUGAUCCCCAUCGAUGGGAUCCCUCACGUUGGUAUGGUGAAGAAGGGAACAAAAACAGAUCCCACCUCUUCAAUUUCUCUGCUGGUCCGAGAGCGUGUAUCGGUAGACGGUUCGCAGAAGUCGAAAUGACCGCCAUACUUUCUACCCUCAUCAAGAAAGUCAAGUUUGAACCUGUGAGACAAAAAGGAGAGACGGACGAACAGAUGUAUGAUCGUAUGACACAAGGUCACGAGGUCUUUUUAUUGACCCCGAACAGCUUUCCUCUGAAAUUUACCAAACGACAGGGAGCAUGA